UUUGAACAAACUAAAAAUAAAAACAGACAGCAGUGUAAACUGUAAAAGUUUUUGCACUUAACUGUAAAUAAUUGUGUAUCUCGUCGAUUAUAUUAUGUGUUGCCGUGUGGACAAAGUUGAAUAAUAAAAAGCUGUUUCCUUGUUUCUCAAAAAAUACAAUGAUAUCCAAUAACCUGCUCUACAAAAUUGUAACACGAAAACACGAUUUUUGUUGCAUAUGUUUAAAAACAAUACAAGGAGAUCCUAUCAAUAUCGAGGAUGAAGUAGUCUUGAAGGGAAAUACAAUGAAAAUUCAGGAUGUUUUAACCCUUGUUUUAGGUUAUGAAACCUUCAAUAAUUUAUCAACCUUUGAAGUUCUAUGCAAGCAGUGUACUCAAUCAGCAGUUGGCUGCUUUAACUUCAUAAUGACUGCUGGAGAAACAUCAGAUCUACUAGAGGAUGCCAUUUGCAGCCUUACAACAUGUCUCGACAAAGCAUCAGAAUCUUUAAGCAAAGAUAAAACAUUAUUUGUGACACUAGAUCAAAAUAAUUUUGAAACAAAUUAUUAUUAUCAUGACAAAGUUGUGACUUCACCAAAUAUUGCAUUAAAAAGACUGUACAGUAUAUUACAUUCAAAGCCUAACAUUAAAAAGGAGAUAAAAAAAGAAAUAGAAAUAAUAAGUUUAAAAAAACGUUUAAAUGAAGACCCAAAUAGUUAUGACACGAAAUUAGAAGAUGCUAUACAAAAGGCCCUGGCUUACGGUCCUGUUAAACCUAGGAAAAGACCAUACUACUCUGUUGCCAUCAAAACUAAGGAAAUGAUUUAUGAUACAACUGAUACUAAGAAAUUAAAAUGCAAAGAAUGCUUGAAAUUGUAUCCAUCGGUUACCAGUUUGAGAAAUCAUUUUAUAAGAGUUCAUGCCCCAAAAAUACACAAAUGUCCGACAUGCAAUAAAAAAUUUGCUUCUUUAACUCUUUUGGAAGCGCACAAAAAAUUAAGUCACUGCACAGUUGUAUGCAGUGAGUGUGGUAAAACAUUUCAUAAUCGUCACACUCUCAAAAUGCAUGAAAUUGGACACCAUUUGAAAAUAGUUUGUCAGGACUGUGGCAGAGUUUAUAAAAGCAAAACAGCUUAUAAAAAACAUAAAGAAUUAAAUGUAUGCAGUCAAAAAACAAGAGCAUCUCCAGCAAAUGCUCGAUUUACGUGUGAUUACUGUAAUAAGAAGUACACACAGAAGGUUUCCUUGCGCGUGCACAUUCAAUAUGAACACUGUAAUUACAAAGGUCAUGUAUGCAAAUGGUGUAAUAAAUCCUUCUAUGCACAAAGCCGAUUAAAAGCACAUAUAGUGAAGCAUACUCAGGAGAAAAAUUUCCCUUGCAAUACAUGUGGUGGACGGUUUAUAACGAAAGAAUCAUUGUUAUAUCAUACAAGAAUUCAUACAGGAGAAAGACCAUACAAAUGCGAAUAUUGCGACAGCAGAUUCCUCUCAGCAUCCAGGAGAACUGAUCAUGUAAAACGUCGUCACACUAGUUCUAGUAAAAUGGCAGAUGGCAUAAUUUUGCAAUGGGCAGAAUUCAAAUCAAAAUAGUUCAGGGAAACAUCUUACUAAUUUUGAUCAUGCAUGCCCUUUGUUGAUAAUUGUCUAGUACUUAAUGAAUGCUCAUGGCAAAACUUUAGCCCAGCAGUGGACUGUUAAAAGCUAUUGACACAUUACCACACCAUUAAAAUAUGCUGUCACAAAUGAAUAUUGAACUACUAUAUGUAUCUAUAAAUAAAGUUAUAUUAGCACUAA